GGGCGAACUGCGUGUUGCUGCGUCAUCGCUAGUGGCCGGUUUGAAUGAGGCUCCUGUCGCACCCGAGCUGCCGCCAACCCCGCGCUGCCCUCUCGCCCGCUGCCAUAGCUUCUUCGUGUCCCUUUCCCUUCGCCGCCCUUGCCAGGCGCAGCCUCCCUGUGCCGUCGCCUCCCCGCACCCCCCGCCAUGCCGCUGUACUCCGUUACCGUGAAGUGGGGAAAAGAGAAAUUUGAAGGUGUAGAAUUGAAUACUGAUGAACCUCCAAUGGUGUUCAAGGCUCAGCUUUUUGCACUGACUGGAGUCCAGCCAUCCAGACAGAAAGUUAUGGUGAAAGGAGGAACAUUGAAGGAUGACGAUUGGGGAAACAUCAAAAUAAAAAAUGGAAUAACUCUACUAAUGAUGGGAUCAGCAGAUGCACUUCCUGAGGAACCCUCAGCUAAAACUGUCUUCGUAGAAGAUAUGACAGAAGAACAGUUAGCAUCUGCUAUGGAGUUACCAUGUGGAUUGACAAACCUGGGUAACACUUGUUACAUGAAUGCUACAGUUCAAUGUAUUCGUUCUGUGCCUGAACUCAAAGAUGCUCUUAAAAGGUAUGCUGGUGCCUUGAGAGCUUCAGGGGAAAUGGCUUCAGCACAAUAUAUUACUGCAGCUCUUAGAGAUUUGUUUGAUUCCAUGGAUAAAACUUCUUCUAGUAUCCCACCUAUUAUUCUACUGCAGUUUUUGCACAUGGCUUUUCCACAGUUUGCAGAGAAGGGCGAACAAGGACAGUAUCUUCAACAGGAUGCUAAUGAAUGUUGGAUACAAAUGAUGCGAGUAUUGCAACAGAAAUUGGAAGCCAUAGAGGAUGAUUCUGUAAAAGAGACAGAUUCUUCAUCUGCAUCAGCAGUGGCACCUUCUAAAAAGAAAAGUUUAAUUGACCAAUACUUUGGAGUUGAGUUUGAAACUACCAUGAGAUGCACAGAAUCUGAAGAAGAAGAAGUCACUAAAGGAAAAGAAAAUCAGCUUCAGCUUAGCUGUUUUAUCAAUCAAGAAGUCAAGUAUCUUUUUACAGGACUUAAAUUGCGACUUCAGGAAGAAAUCACUAAACAGUCUCCAACAUUGCAAAGAAAUGCGUUGUAUAUCAAAUCUUCCAAGAUCAGCCGGCUACCUGCUUACUUGACUAUUCAGAUGGUUCGAUUUUUUUAUAAAGAGAAGGAAUCUGUGAAUGCUAAAGUUCUUAAGGAUGUUAAAUUUCCUCUCAUGUUGGAUGUGUAUGAACUAUGUACACCAGAACUUCAAGAGAAAAUGAUCUCUUUUCGAUCAAAAUUCAAGGAUCUAGAAGAUAAAAAAGUGAAUCAGCAAACAAAGACAAGUGACAAAAAGAGUAGUCCCCAGAAAGAUGUUAAGUAUGAACCCUUUUCUUUUGCUGAUGACAUUGGCUCCAAUAAUUGUGGAUACUAUGAUUUACAAGCAGUGUUAACACAUCAGGGAAGGUCUAGCUCUUCAGGUCAUUAUGUAUCAUGGGUGAAAAGAAAAGAAGAUGAAUGGAUUAAGUUUGAUGAUGAUAAGGUCAGCACUGUGACACCAGAAGAUAUCUUGCGGCUUUCUGGUGGUGGAGACUGGCAUAUAGCUUAUGUUUUACUCUAUGGGCCUCGCAGAGUUGAAAUAAUGGAAGAGGAAAGUGAACAGUAACCUUCAUUUUAGCUAUUUAUGCUUAGGUGUGAAAUAAAUGUUAUUUGUUGAUCAUUUCUAUAAUCCAGAGCUUUAGAGGAAGAUAUAUAAGUGGUUUUGUUUCCCCUCAUAUGGAACAAAGAGCAGAAGCAGACCACUCUGUGUGUCAACGUAAAAUAUUGCAGAAAAGAGAAGCCUUUGAACUGUGCUGCUCUGUAUAAAGGUGACAGGAAGAAAUUUUUUAAAAGCUUAUUUCUUGCAUUAAUUUUUUAAAAUUCUGAAUUGAAAUGCCUUUCAACCACUGUCUUCUGUGAUAAUUUUCCCUGCCUUUUUCAGCUCAAUAUUCAGCAAUGAAAUGUUUAUUGCACACCUAUUACUGUUUUGUUGUUCUUGCAUGGUUCAAACCACAGGUAAUUUCCUUUGCCUUAUCUAACAAAUUCUGCCAGGAAGAUGGAAAGGAAGUAAGUGUUGCUCUCAUUGUGCUCUCAGUGCUGCUGUCCACAUAGCCCAUGGAAACAUGGAUACAAUCAAGUAUUUGUCCAGCCUGAUUGUUGCUGGCUUUUCAUGACUUUAAAAUAAAUUGUGAUCAAUAGUACAUUUGAUUAUACAUUUAUUACUGUCUCUUUGAUGUACUAUGGUUUGUACAUUUAACUGCAAUGGCUUUGUAGUAAUCAACCUUAACAGGAUGUUGACAGGCUCUGGUUGCUUAUUUUUAGAAAACAGGGGUAUUUAAUAAAAAAAGAAAGAGAGGGAUUAACAGUUUUUGACCUCAAGUCUUGUCUGUAGAGUUGGCUGAAGUUCCAGUAUGUUAACCCUGAUGGUUAGUUUUACUCUGCUGUUAAGCAUCCAUUUAAAAAUGUUACCUUUGCCAGUUAGUACUACAUUGUUUAGAAAGAAAUAACAAAGUUGUAAGAGCAAUGGUGUUUUUUGGAUGCUGAAUGCAGCAUUUAUGAGUCAGAUCUGUCCUUUGGCUCAGUUAUUUUUAUACUUCUGUCAGUUCCCAAAAAUCUUAAUGUCUAUUUCACAGCUUAGUAUCAAUGAUUUUUCUAGUGGUGGUUGGAAUACCAAGAGUAUGAAGUAUUUCAAUAUAGUAGGUUUAAUAUAUUCUAAUUAGUCAGUUCCUCAUCUUUGUCUUAGGAGCCUUGAUUGUUAGAGAAAGGAUAGAUUAUUACCAAAUUUGCUCUGAUUUUGAGUUGGGUAUUUAUAAUUAAGUUUUGGGGAUUAUCAUGAAAUCUCAUCUUUGCUUACUCUCGUUUUAAUGCUCUGCAGAGCACAGACAGCACUGAUAACCAGUAGAUUCCUUAAGAAUAGUGGCUAUUUUUGAGUUUGUGAGAACUCUAGGGGACAUAAAAGGAGUAUUUCAGGGAAACUUUAUUUGUAUAUAGCUUCUUCAGCUAAUCUCUAAUUACUUGAAUUAUUGGCAAUCAGUACUUCCUUUGCUUUGAGGGAGGGUGCAGAAUAGGAUGGGGAAAAUGAGACCAUAAGAAUUGUGAUGUUUUUUAUAUAUUGGUAUGCUGCUUGUAAUUCUGCAGUUUUUUUAUUCACUGUUAUAUUUGGCCUGAACAAUUUUGAGGACAUAAUUUAGCAAUUAAAAUUUAGAUUUUUUUUGAUUUGCAGGAUGCUGUAGCUACUGGAGAUCAGGUGAGGUAGAUUUAGAACAAAGUAUAUAAACCUUCUAUAGAAUUAGAAUUUUAAAAUUGUAAUUCCUUGUCAUUAUAUAAAAAAACUUUAUUUCACUUUAUUUGAUCCAAAAAGCAUUAUUCCAAAGAUAUUUUAAGUAUAAGAAAUUGGACUUAUACCAGUGUUGUUUUAAACUAAUAAGGCUGUUUUAGAGUUCAGCCUUGCAUGUAGGGUCUUUGAGAGUAAGCAAGAAAAGGUCUUGACUCCUGAGUGUGCCUUAUAUGCUUUGCCACUAGCAUGACGCCCUUUUGAUACUAGAGCUGUGCUGUAUACUGUUGGACUAGCUAGUGAAGUUAAGCCCAAACAACACUUAUUGUAUAAUGUGUGCAUUUAGUAGUAGUUGUUCUCGAUUCAAAACAAUGAUAACAAUCUUAGACCCCUAAAGGAUAAUGCUUAUGUGGGGACAGGAAAAAGAUAGUUCUGUCUCCAACCAUUACUAACUACCUAGUGCUUUGCUGUUUACAGGGUGCUUUCACAGACAUCUCAUUUGAACUUCACAACAAUCCCUGAGCAAUGCAUCCCUAUUUUAAUGACUUGAGAGGUUAAUUUUAUAAGGCUAAAGGAACUAGGUUUUAGACUUUACCCCAUUUCUUUUAAAGUUGGGGGUCAGCAAACAUUUUCUGUAGUGAGCCAGAUAGUAAAUAUUUUAAGCUUUGCAGACUGUAACUUUUUUGUUGCAACUACUUAAUUUGCCGUUGUAGCAGGAAAGAAGCCAUAGACAAUACCUAAAAAUUCAGUAUGGAUGUGUGCUGAUUAAAUUUUACUUAUAAAACCAAGUGGUAAACGGACCAUUGUUUGCUGAUCCUCUGUUUUAAAGCAUGAAAUUAGAGCAGCCAUAUGGAUUCAGAAAGUCUUAUUUUGGGAUUUUCAGAAUAGCAAGUUAAAUUUCAUAACUGCUAAUGGCAUGCAGAAACUAAUUUGGCAUAGUGUAUUUUAGGAAACACCAUGCCUCUAAAUAUCACUUAUUGACUUAAUAACACAUUUAACAAAAAUAUAUUGUGACCUUAAGGUCAUGUCACUUUGGCCAUUUUUCCAACCUCCUCCUCCCUCCUCCCAAGACCUGACUGAGGUCAGUUAUCAAGAGCCAAUAUGUGUUUUGUUCUUGGAAUACCAGCCAACUGUACAACUGUUAUAAAAAUGUUUAUUGUUUACCAAAACCAGUGGACCUCUUAACAAAUGCUGCUUGGUAACAAAAUCUUAUCACAGUUUUAAUAAAAAAAAAAAAAAAAAAAAAA